CCUUUCCCACCUACGCUUUCCGUCAAUGCUUUAGAGUAUAAGGAUAGCGAGAUCUCUCCCGCCUUAAGGUUACUCUCGCUUCUUCUUCAUCCCUCUCACCAGCCAAUAUCCCAACACCUCCCGGCCGAGAAGCUUUGCUUCGUUUGUAUAUUCUUAUAUAUAUCAAGGUAUAUAUGGGUAUAUAAGGGUAUAUAGAGGUCUCGCGUUCACCGAAGUGGCUUGCAAUUGUUACCAAUAGCAAGUCGUGUUACACGCCACAGGUCUUGGACACCCCGGUAUUAAUAUCGAUAUCGGAUCGAUUUAGAUUUGUUCAAAUUCAACUUCAGCUUUUAGCUUCAAAUCUAGCAAAAUGAUGAGAGGACCGCUCGCCCGGUUCGCCCGGCCCAUGGAGGUGCCCGUCGAAGAGAAACCAGCUCCGGAUUCCAACGACAAGGAGAUUGGCGUUACCGAUAACCAACCCCAUCAUAGCGAUGCCGAGUCCGACCCCGAUGUCAUUGACGCUGACGCUCAGGCUGGUGUCCAGAAGAUGGAAGCUACGACCAAAGUCUGGUCGAAAUCCAACUUAAUCCUAGCCUAUGCCUUCAUCUGGAUUAUCUACUUCGUCGACUCCAUGCAAUCGGGAAUGAGCUCGCUUUUGACCCCAUACGUUACGAGUUCAUUUGCCCUACACUCCUUGACUGCUACCACCGGCGUUAUGUCCGGCAUUAUCGGAGGUGUUUCGAAGCUCACCUUAGCUAAGAUCCUAGAUAUCUGGGGUCGUCCUCAGGGUUUCCUGCUCGUCGUCCUAUUGAUGACUCUAGGUCUUGUCAUGAUGGCGGCUUGCAACAACGUCGAGACUUAUGCCGCUGCGCAGGUCUUCUACUGGGUUGGAUACAAUGGAAUCAGCUACUCCCUAUCAGUUUUCAUUGCCGAUACUUCUCGCCUGAAGAACCGAGCCUUGAUGUUGGCAUUCGUCUCAUCUCCCUAUAUCAUCACAGUCUGGAUCACCAGCCCCAUGUCCCAGAGCAUUCUAUACGGCAUUGGCUGGAGAUGGGGAUUCGGUAUUUUCUCCAUCAUCACACCGAUUAUGUGCUUGCCUUUGUUCUUCCUCUUCACAUGGAACUACUCUAAGGCCAAGAGGGCUGGAUUGAUCGUCUAUACCCCCAGCGGCCGAACGACUUGGGAGAGCAUCAAGUACUACUUCUGGCAAUUCGACGUCAUCUGCCUUAUCCUAGUUUCCGGUGGUUUCGCGCUCUUCUUGCUCCCUUUCAACAUCUACUCGUACCAGUACUAUGGCUGGAGGGACCCAUUGACCAUCUGCUUGAUCAUUUUCGGUGGCCUACUCUUGAUUGGAGCCGUUGUCUGGGAGAAAUGGUUCGCCCCCGUCAAGUUCAUGCCUUGGGAGCUUCUCAAGGACCGAACCGUCCUUGGUGCCUGCAUUCUCGCCGCUGUUCUCUUCGUCGAAUACUACAUCUGGACUGCCUACUUCACGUCUUUCCUCCAGGUUGUUCUUAACCUGAACGUCACACAGACCGGUUAUAUCAGCAACAUCUACAGUUUGGGAUCCUGCUUCUUCUCAUUCAUCGUCGGUUUCGCGAUCCGCUACACUGGUCGUUUCAAGUGGACCACUCUCUACUUCGGUGUACCUGUCACCAUCUUGAGCAUCGGUCUCCUUAUCCAUUUCCGACAGCCCGGCACCCACCUUGGCUGGAUUAUCAUGUGUGAAAUCUUGUACGCAUUCGCUGGUGGUGCCUGCGUUAUUGGCGAGCAAAUGGCCGUCAUGGCCGCUGCUGCUCACCAGCACGUUGCCGUCGUUCUUGCGAUGGAGGGUAUGUUCAGCAGUGUGGGCGGUGCUAUUGGCGGUACCGUCUCUGCUGCCAUCUGGACCGGCCUGUUCCCCGCGGCGUUGGCCAAGUACCUGCCCGCAGAGUCUCAGCCAGAUCUCCUCACCAUCUACAGCGACCUUUCGCAGCAGCUCUCUUACCCCGUUGGCUCGGCGACCAGAGAAGCUAUCAUUGCGGCUUAUGGCGACUCCCUCAAGUGGAUGUUCGUCGCUGCCACUGCUAUCACCGGUGUGGGUCUCGUAGCCACCGCUAUGUGGAGAGACAUCAAGGUGAAGGACUUCAAGCAGGUCAAGGGAAAUGUCAUCUAAAACAUCUAAACCAUCUAAACUUAUAUACGGAAUUCGAAGGAUAUGCGUUGUCGAUAGCUACGCAAAAGGGGUUGGGUCCAAUUUUUGAAUAAUGGAAGGGAGGGGAUAAUAGGGGAUACCACAUACCACGGUGCAUUCAUAACGGGGUGGACGAGUAUGACGUGUCUGACGCUGCAAGAGGAUACGGUGAUGUAGAUUUAUGCUGCCGGCUGGUUCACUGAAUCACGCUCAUUAGAAUCUAAUAAUGUCCAAUUAAAAGUUCUAUAUCUGUUAUACUUGUAUGGGAUCUGGCAUUAGCGCGGUUAAUACACCGGUGGGCGGGCUAUAGCAGUGCUUUGGUAGAGUAAG